CCAGUGCAGUUUCUAAAUGACACAGAGACGUGUGUAUGAGCCCGCCCCCUCAGUGACGACGCACUGGCGAGACCAGUGAAAGGCAAUAAGCCGCGGCCUUGUGGGCGUGGUGCACGAUAGGAUGAUGAUGGGGAAGCGGAGCAUGCAUCCUCCAGUCAUCACAUGCACAGGAACCGGGGGUGUGAACGCCGGUUCCGGUUUUAGUCAGGGAAAGUAUACAGCACUCAUGGCUUUGUUAAUGCUCAAUUUGUACUCGGUAGCAGGCAGCGCUUUAAACUAGACUAGUGUAAAAUAGAGAAAAGAUGGUGGCCGGAGAGAUGAUUGAGGAGCCAGUGAGGAGGCAUGGAGGUGUCACGCCUGUCCCGGAUCAGUACACUGGUGUUGUAGAGUGUGAUGUAAGGGAGGAGGAGAGAGAAAAAGAGCUCCCGCAUGCUGAGAGCCUCGCCAUGCUACCCGGACAGGACGAGCAGGAACACAAGCCUCUGCAGACCCGCGUGUACAGCAGGCGCUUCGCAGUACUCGCCAUCUUCAGCCUGUACUCUCUGGUCAACGCUUUCCAGUGGAUCCAGUACAGCAUAAUCACUAACGUCUUCACGGAGUUCUACAGCGUGGAGAACGCGAUGAUCGACUGGCUCUCGGUGGUCUACAUGGUGGCGUACAUCCCGCUCAUCUUCCCCGCCACCUGGCUGCUGGACCGAAAGGGGCUUCGCGUUACCGCGCUGCUCGGCGCCGGCCUCAAUUGCGCAGGCGCGUGGCUGAAGUGCGCGAGCGCGCAACCUGACCUGUUCUGGGUCACCAUGACGGCGCAGGUGGUCUGCUCCGUGGCGCAGGUGUUCAUACUCGGCCUGCCGUCCCGAAUCGCUUCGGUGUGGUUCGGCCCGAGAGAGGUGUCCACUGCCUGCGCUACAGCCGUGCUGGGCAACCAGCUAGGUGUUGCCAUCGGGUUCCUUAUCCCACCUGUCCUCGUCCCCAACACCCCAGAAGAUAAAGAGCUGAUGGGCCGCAACAUUAGCAUGAUGUUCUAUGGCACGGCAGCAAUCUCGACCCUGCUGUUUAUUUUAACAAUCUUUGUCAUUAAGGACAGACCUGCUUUACCACCGAGCCAGGCUCAGGCGAUGUUGCCCACAGGCCCUGCGGAAGAUUAUUCCUAUAAGCAGUCUAUCAUUAAUCUGUUCAAGAGCAAGCCAUUCAUCCUGCUACUGCUGAGUUAUGGCAUCAUGACUGGAUCGUUCUAUUCGGUGUCCACUCUGCUUAACCAGAUGAUCAUCCAUUAUUAUAAGGGAGAGGAGCUGAAUGCCGGCAGAAUCGGCCUUACCCUGGUCGUGGCUGGAAUGGUAGGCUCCAUCCUAUGUGGCCUGUGGCUGGACCAUACCAAAACCUACAAAUUGACCACACUGAUCGUGUACGUCCUGUCCUUCCUCGGCAUGCUGGUGUUCACCUUCACACUGAACCAGGGCCACCUCCUUGUGGUCUUCUUCACAGCAGGAGUACUUGGGUUCUUCAUGACUGGAUACCUGCCCAUCGGAUUCGAGUUUGCUGUUGAGAUCACCUACCCUGAGUCAGAAGGCACUUCAUCCGGUCUCCUGAAUGCCUUCGCUCAGUUGUUUGGAAUCGUUUUCACACUGAUACAAGGAAAGGUGACGACAGUCUACGGUCCGCUGUCCGGAAACAUCUUCCUGUGUGCCUGGAUAUUCUUCGGCAUCAUUUUAACAGCCUUGAUAAAAUCAGAGCUAAAAAGACACAAUGUCAACAUGGGUGCUAGCAAAUGUAAGGCGGUUCCAACAGAAUGUCCUGUAGAGAAGGUGUCCAAUGGUGUGACGGUGGAUUUGUCCCGUGAGACCACGCUGUAAACCCACUGAGACUGAACCAGGUGUUCUGCUGCGUCUCUGCUUGACUUUGCUGUGCUGUAACACCUCUAAUGGGGAUGGUUUAAAAUUGUACCUGUGUCUGUGUAGUAAUCAGUCUAUUCAUUCUUUUCAGUGUUUGAACUGAAACCAGAAGAAGAAAGUUUAGACUACGUAGAGGAAAAAAUAUUAGUAUCUUUUUUUAGCAAGCUCAUAUGAUUGAACAUCUCUAAGAGUGGAUUGUAAACCAAUUCUGGAGCAAGUAAAUGCCUUAUUCUUUACUAAAGUUAUGUAAAGUUUAAUAUGGCUGUUGUUUGUCCUAGCGACAUAUAAACAGCCAGUAAGAAUGAGGUUGGCAUAAGAUCUUGCCAAAAAACUAAAAAAAAAUUUCCUCUACGUUUAUUUUUUUCCCCUCCCAUGUCUGUUUUGUAGAAAACAUAGAAAAAGAAAAAAAAAGCUGCUGGGGGGAAAAUAUGCCAUUUUUUAUUUGUAAAUUCUAAUAACGUUUAUUUAUUUAUUUAUUUAUUUUUAUCUAUGAUUUUAGACCUGUGGAAACUUUCUGGAACAUUUUUUAGUCUAAAUAAGAAACUGGUAACGAUGUUCUUUCUCUUUCGAAAUGCAGUCUAAUAAUCCUUGAUCAGGUUAAGUCACCAGUGUUGUCUGAUACUGUAUGCAUACACAAUCUGAAAAAACUAAACAAAAUGAUUUUAAUAAUUCAUUAAUUAAUGAGUGAUUAACAUUAUUGCCACUGGAUCAUGUAGUUAUAGUAAGGGUUCUUCUUCACUAUUACCAAUAAGGAAGAGACAAAAAUAUGCCCUCCCCCCUCCAAGUCUUGCAGGACAAAUUAAAUAAGAGAAAUAUAAAUGAACAUGAAUUAAUUAGUUCCUUAAUCAAGAUCAAGAACAUAAAUGAAGACUUAAUUAACCUAACUUUCCAUCAUCUCCCUGCUUUUUUUAACAUGUUUUGUUUGGUCUCAUCAGCAGUGGAAAUGCCUUUGAUGACAGAUGAAUUACAAAAAGCACAAGUCAGUGCAGCACACAGCGCUUUUCUCUAAACCAGAGCACAUGACUGGCUGUCUCCUGUGUAAAAGUGUUAAGCUUAAUGUUUGGUCACUAUGAAGGGCUGUAUUUACAGUUUAGGAUGAUUCCGGUGUAGUUGUGGUAGCUGGGGGAACACGACAGCACCUGUUCUUGCACAUCGAGCCUUAAAGUCUAAAUAAUGUAAUCAAGGGAAGAGCAGAAGGCUGGAGUGUGUUAAUUAGUAUAAUAGGUUUGAGACUUAUAGAUUUAUAGACAUUAAUGCCAUGACACUUAGUUCCUCUUUUUAACACCGUGCCUUCUUUGCACAGGUCACUGACAUGACUUUCAAGCUCAUUUUGAUGAAUGAAUUUCAAACAGCACAACUACUGUAUAUUGUUUGUUGUUUUCAGGUACACUUUUCUAAACCGUGUGUUUAAUAUUCUAUUUUUCCCCAGCUCCAAAUCUCCAUCAACACACAUAUGUAUAUACAUAUAUGCAGAUGUCUUCUGCAUUAUUCUUACAGUCUGGUGUGUUUAGCUUGCUGUAAUGCUAAUAAAACUGUGACAAAUGCUUCCAUACCCAUCAGUGUGCUGUUCAGAUUGCAAUUCCUUCUGGGUAAAUUUGAUAAAUUAAUUCUGUGUCAAUCCCUGGCCUCCAAGAGGUCCUCUAACCAACCAUACUUUGGGAAAUAAAAUAAACGUAUGGUAUAUCUGAUAAAAGACUUGUUCUUUAGGGUGUGUGUGUUUUCAAAAAAACACCACCAAUGGGUCUCAAUAAUUUAUAGGAAUUAUUAUUUUAAACAUAAUGCUUUUUCAGUGGGACAUG